CGGGAUAAUUUUUACACAUUUCACACCACUCAAAGUCGCCUAUGUAAUUAUAUGUGGUUGUGAACGAGUAAUUUAAUUUUACAUUUUAAACAUUAAAAGAAUACAAGUAUAAUAAUUCACAGUAAUAUUAUUACAAUAUAUUUCCAAAGACCAAAGACCAGGAUUAGUUGUACAAUGUACGUGCCUUUAGGCAUCGCAAGUAACAAUAAAUUAGUAUUUUAAACGUACGCUCAUUGAAAUUCUACGUGAAAUCAGACACCGUACCUACAUAUACAGUUUUGACUAAAAUAAAUCUGCCGAAUUCAGGAAAGGUCAUGAAAUCAACCAUGAAUAUUAUGAAGAAAAUCAAAUAUUACCUUGAGUUCUGGAAAAUAUUUAUGUUCUCAUUCCUCGUAUUGGUCGUUUUAUUUUAUGUGACUUUUUAUUUUAAUUGCGAAAAACCUUUCGACGAUGAUCUCGAACGAACACUUGUCAUAUCACUUCAACAUCUGGACGAGGAGAACAGAACUAACAUCGAACUGACUGAAAUAAGGAACGAUCUAAUUCAAAAACUGAGAUUCGACGAAAAAAAAAUGAAGAACACUGAUAAAAUGGUAUACACCCCGUCUGAAGAGUACGAGUUGUUGCGUCGCCGUAUUUAUUCAAACACGAAAGAAGUUUGGUAUUACGUCAGUUCUACAUUACGAUCGUUGGCCAACGAAUUCGAUGAUUUGAAACCGAAAGUUUCUGGUAUGAAAAUAAUUGCCGACGAACACUAUAGAUCGUUAUUGAGAGAUGUCACCAAGCUGGCCGAUGUCGACGGUUAUUCACAGUGGAGGUUGAAAGAGUUUGGCUCUUUGAGUAGACUGGUUGAAAAGAGACUUCUACAUACGCAGAAUCCACCCGACUGUUCCAAAGCUAAAAAGCUCUUGUGCAAUAUUAUCUACAGAAAUUGUUGUGGAUAUGGAUGUCGUGUACACCAUUUCGUCAAGUGCUUGAUCGCCGCCUACGCCACCAAGAGGACAAUGAUUAUAGACAAUCCUAUAAAUUGGCAGUUUACUAGUGGUGGUUUUAAAAAGUUAUUUUUACCCCUUAGCGACACGUGUACGUCGAAGGAUGGUGAAACAUUUUCACAUUGGCCAGGCAACGAAACUACUCAAGUCAUACAGUAUAAUCUGCCAACACCCAAUAAAGAUGCUAAACAUCUCAAUCCUCCUUACAUGCCGAUCGUGUUGCCCGAAGAUUUAGCUGGACGAAUUAACGUCUUGCAUGGCGAUCCUGCUGUAUGGUGGAUAGGUCAGUUCUUCAAAUACAUCUUCCGGCCGCAACCAUCCACUACCAUUGCGAUUAACGAGUUUGCCAAGCGUGUUCAUUUCCAAAAGCCAAUUGUCGGAUUGCAUAUCAGACGAACAGACAAACUCAUCAAAGAAGCUUCGUUGCACAAACUCGAAGAGUAUAUGUACCACGUUGAAGAAUAUUACAAGCUCAAAGAAUUGGACGGAGUAAACGACACGAAACGGAUUUAUUUGGCCACGGACGAGCCAACAUUGUUUGAUGAAGCUAGACUCAAAUAUCCUGAAUACGAUAUUAUCGGCGAUCCAGAGAUAUCCAAAUCAGCGUCGGGUCAGAAGCGCGAACUAGACAGUUCGAUUAUGAAUAUCAACAUCGAGAUAUAUAUUCUAGCUCACAGUGACUACGUAGUUUGUACUUUUUCGUCAAAUCUGUAGAGUUUGUAGCUGUGAGUUUCAAAUUGAAAAAUUAUUUUUCUGUUGGAUAGUCCAUUCAUCAAGUGAGGCUAUAGGCUAUAUAUCAUCACGCUACGACCAAUUAAUAGAAGUGCUCAAACAUGGAUUUUGAGAUUUACGAUGGAAAAAUUUGUAUAUAAAUGGUUGAUUUUGGUUAUAUUGUAUGAAUGUGUGUUCUCGAGCCGGAUUCUAAAUAACCUCCUAUGCUCUUCAAAAUGAUCGUUUUUUUUUUUUUAGAACAAUCCACAGUUGUCUUCCUUUUAAAUGUAUGUCAAAUUUGAUUUUUAGAUCUCAUUAUUCAUGGUCAGUAAUAAUCAAGUAUAAAAGAAGAUAUUAACUCGAGUAAAAUCGAGAAUUUUGCAUCGAAAUUAACCGUCAUCAAGUACCCAGAUAAUAACAAUACUUAUUGACUACUAAUUUAAUAACACGAAUACGCCUUGUAACUUUACGUGAUCGUCUUUAAAAUAAUUGUUUGAAUAUAUUUAUUAAUUAAGUAAUUUUUUUUAAUAAAUUAUGUUUUUGUUGCAGGUGUGCCGGUUAGCAUACGAAAUUAUGAACGGUCUCGAACCGGAUGCAUCAGCUAAGUUCACUUCUUUAGACCGCAUAUAUCAUUUUGUUGGUCAAGUGCACAGACUGAAUGUAGCAUUAAUAUCUCAUAAAUCAG